CGUGUGGUUCCUCGACCACCCAGCUAACCGCCACGUCAUCAGCCCAAAUCUUGAUGUCACCUGGAUACCCAUCGGAUUACCCAAACAACAAAAAUUGUACCUGGCUAAUCUCGACCAAAGACAGCAGCAAACGGGUGCAGGUAGAGGUCAUCUCUAUGGAACUGGCCAACUGGGAUGGUGGCCAAUGUGAGGAUUACCUGGAGCUGAGGGACGGAAAAGACGAGACAUCUUCCACUCCAGUCAAAAGCUGGUGCAGCACUGACCAGUUCCAGUACAAAACAAACGGCGCCCAUCUGUUUGUCAAGUUCGUUGCUGACCAGCACUUCUCGGCCCCCGGCUUCGCCUUGAAAUAUUACCUCAUAGACGAUUAUGAAUCAAAAUGCGAUACCUAUCGUGUUCGCACCAUCUCCGUGGGGGAAAACCCGAUAUUUUUGGAUCUUCCCAAAUACACAGAAGAAAAGAUAAAUCUUCGACGAGAAAUAGUCUGCGAUUUUCACAUCAAGUCCACCUUCAGUGAUGACGUGUACAUCGGCCUGGAGAUGUUGUCGUUUAGGCCAAUCACAUGCGAUGAAGGAAACUUUAACAUUUAUGAUGGUCCAAACGAUGACGGCGCGGAGAUCUUGAACUGGUGCUCGUCAAAUCAACCAUUUCGUUAUCUGGCUAGUUCCGGGAAGGAUCUGUUCAUCCGGUUUAAGAUAGUAGCGACGUACAGCGAUUGGCUGGUGUUCAGGGCAAAGGUCACAACCAAUAUUCGAUCAACACAUUGCAGCGACUCGUCAAUACCAAACCUGGAGCUGACACAGUUACCCGUGUACCUGCCGUUUCCGCAUUUCGUCAAAAUUAAAAGUACUAGAGCCUGCCCUCUGCGAUUCUGGACAGAGAAGGAUUCUCAAAGUGUGAGGUUGGAGGUCAUCACCAAAGACCCUCCCUGUGGGAACAAGGGCACAAGGGCCCACGAUGGUUUUGAUUUGUCCAAAAAGUUAAUCGGCAAUCUCUGUGAUGAGAAAAUUUUCACCAGCACUUCACACAACAUGGUCUUGAACCCAGUCAAUGAAAUGACAACAGAGCUGGUUUACUUGAAGGCGUCCGCCGUUGAAUCAACAUGCAAUGGUCAAGCAGAGAUUAAGUAUGCCAUUCAUGAUGAAAUAAAACAUUUGCCAGAAAUUGCUAAUGCUAAAUCUGGAUACCCACAUGAUCUGAACUGUAAUUAUUUGAUCAAAACCGAGAGAAACUCUGAUGUUGUAGAAAUAAGCAUAAAGGGUCGGUUGGUGCCUAGCAAUAAAUUUGAUUGCAAAGAUGGUGAUAGAGUGACAUUUUAUGAUGGGCCAAACACAGACAGCCAUAUUUUAUUAAUCUGGUGUGGGGUUAAAGGUCAGGGGAGAAAAGUCACCAGCACUGGACCAAGCAUGCUGGUCGUUGUCCACACAGACAGCACUGACAGCUAUGAUGGAGUCAACAUGACAUAUUAUGCUUUCCCUAAGCGUGGCGGCUGUGAAAGGGUAUCACAUCUAGAGGCAAAUUCAACACUGCAGCAUUUGACUUCACCAAAUUAUCCCCUUUAUUACCCCAUAAACAGCUAUUGUGAAUACAAGAUACAUGCCCCAGAUGGCCAUUUUAUCAAAUUAGAGGUUUCACAUUCAAAGAUGGAGAGUGAUUGUAGUGAUACAGUACAAGUAUACAAUGGAUUGGAAAAGAAAAUGGACAAGUACAUAGGAAGGUGGUGUGGAGAUGACAGACCUAAAUACCGCAGUACAGGAAGUGAUAUGUUAGUUGUCUUCAAUGCUGAUAUGGAAUUCAACAGUGGUGGAUUCAAUGCCACGUUCUAUGCUGCCAAACCUGAGGAGGAAAACAGUCAUCUCGUUCCUAUUAUUGUUGGGACUCUGCUUGUGGCUGUAGCAAUUAUCAUAACCAUUGCCCUGGUAUACAUCUUUGUUGUGCGCAAGAAAGGAAAACAGUAAUCCAGAACCUACUGAAAACAUCCAUAUACCAGCUCUAAUAGGUGUUAAAAAUUAUAAAUAUAUGGUUGUGUAGAAUGCUUAAUUAUUUACAUUAAAUCAAGUUGUGUUUAAUGGAAAAUUACAAAACUAGAAAUAUUAAUUUAAUAUUAUUGAUUCAAUCUUUUUAAAAUCAAGUGCUGUAUUUAAGAUUUGAAUACUAUUUAUCAUUUAACCACCUGAAAUUCAAUAUUUUAUAUGCAUAAAUAAGCUAAAGGAACAACUAAGAAUUUUUUUUUUAAUGCUGUUUGCAUGCAGAAUUGUUUUUUAAGGCUAAGUUUUGUUGCAUGCAUUGUUAACUGUAAGGAUGCCAACUUCUUCUAGGCAGCAUACAGCACUGCAACUUUAAAUUUUAGAUAUAUGUAAUUGUUCAUAGACCUGUGAGCAAGCAAAUUAUAAGUAAUGUAUGUCCAAUUAUUUGUAAAGGUGAAAUUUUUUUUGGUCUUGUUUCAAUUAAUUGCAUAUUGUCCUGCAAUCUUUUUUUCCUGAAGUUAUUAACCGACAUGUGGUUAUCACUUCUAUUAACAGGAAUAAUACUAUUAAGUUUUUGUUUGUCAAUGUGAUUUACACAUUUGUAAUUCAGAUCACUUUAACAAUUUGUUAAACUGUAAAAUUGUUUUAACUUUUUUCUGGUUGAU